GAACGAGAGAGGCCACUUUUUAUGGCGAAGGAAUAAAACAAAGCAAUUUAUGUGCUGAGGACAAAGAGCGUCGAACCUUCCUGUUUUAGUCAUGGAUGAGAACAGCAGUGUUGCUGUCCUGAUCACGAAGUCUCCCACUGCGUCCUCUUCUUCCUCGGUUUUGAGGGCUCACUGUCAAACCCAGACUCAAAGGGUAGGCCAGGAUGUCCCAGCAAGCAUUCAGCAGAAACAAGCUGAUGACUCCCUCAUCCAGGUCAUCGAGAAGCUCAGCAAGAUAGUAGAGAAGCGGCCGCAGAGACGCUGCACCCCGGGGGGACAGAAACGAGUGCUCCAUCAGACGUCCUCUGCCAAGAGGAAAGAAGGCGAGGAGCGUUUGAGUUGGGGAGGCUCCCAUUACAAGAAAAUGAGGAAGAGCUGUAAUGAGGAGGUGAGAGCAGAUGGCAGCGAGGCCAGCGGCCCUGUUUCUGUACCCGUGUCAGGAGAUGACAACAAUAACAUCACCUCUGCGUUAACUGACACUGACAGUUUCACCAGCACUGAACACAAAUGGACAGUGACGUGCUAUCAGUGCAGCCUGUGCCCCUAUUUGUCCCAGACUCUGCCCCAGCUUCGAGAACACCUAAAGCAGCACAACGAGCAGCACAGUGACCUAAUCCUUAUGUGUUCCGAAUGUCACUUUACCUCCAGAGACCAGGCGCAGCUAGAAGCACAUGUCAGGCUGCACUUUGACGAUCAGGACAACACAAAGAGAAACUCUGUUCAUUCAGAUUUACUUACCCUGGAGGAGGAAAAGAUUUCAAAAAAGGCGGAGGAGGACACAGCUUCGUAUGAAAUAAGAUCCGAGGAGAUAAAAAGUUCUGUGGAGGAUUCCAAAGAGCUCCCGCAGAGGAAGAAAUGGUACAGCUAUGAAGAAUAUGGUCUGUACCGGUGCUUGAUUUGCAGUUACGUGUGCAGCCAGCAGCGAAUGCUCAAGACCCACGCCUGGAAGCACGCUGGCCUCGUCGACUGCUCCUAUCCUAUCUUUGAGGAGGAAGAAGGGGCUUUAACAAGAAAAGAGGUGCAAGCCGCUGCCAACAGUGUGACGCUCAGAGAAGAUUUAGUUGUACUUUCUCCAGUUCAUCAAGAGAAAAGCCAGCAAAAGCUUCCAUCCGAGUUCAAACUUCAGUUCUGUAUGCCCGUGGCUGUUGAGAACAAACAAGAUGCAUUUAGUCAUUCAGUUUCUGAUUCUAAUGAAAGUCAAAAAACUGUGGAAGAAGAGGAGGAGAAUGGCUAUUCUGUCAAAGAUGUGAGUUCUGAGGAGCCAGUGGUGGAGGUGCAGGUGACAACCGAGGCGGACGUCGAUGUGGACAUCAGUGCUUGCCGUGAGAGUUCCUCUGUUGCUGACAGCCUACUGUCUUCAGCUCAGAAGAUUAUUAACAGCAGUCCAAACAGUGCCGGACAUAUCAACGUGAUCGUCGAGCGCUUGCCUUCAGCUGAGGAUUCGGUCAUGGUGACCAAACCGCUUCUUCUCGGCUCAGAUGAGGACAGGGACAAAGGUUUACUGGGUGUAAACGAGGAGGAGCCGGACCCUUUAGAAAGUGUAAAAGAGGAGGUGGUCCUUGACUGUAGUCCAGAUAAUUCUGCAAACAGUCAGACAUUAGAAGGUGAUAAUACAUCCGCUGCCAGUCAAGAUAAUGGUCCUCCAAGAGAUGAAAACAUUCCUCCAGCUGGUCGCAAACGAACACAUUCCGAAUCUCUCCGCCUGCACUCUUUGGCUGCAGAGGCACUUGUGGCUAUGCCCAUGAGGACACCUGAGUUGCAUGCCUCCAGCACCAAAUUAAGUCUCAAGACCAUCUCAUCUCAGGCGCAGAGCCCACACAUGGGCCAGAGGCUGCUUGAAGUGACUACAAGUGGACAGAAGGCUUCAGAAAUUGGGACAACAGCAGCCCUACUUGACUUGGAGCUCCACAGCGAGGGUAGAGAGGGGCAUUUAAAAGCCUUGGGCAUUGGGGAAGGAGAUGAGGAAAGCCCCACCGCUAAAGCUGGCAUCAGUCUUUCUCUGCUCACUGUCAUCGAAAGACUCAGGGAGCGCUCAGACCAAAAUGCCUCGGAUGAAGACAUUUUGAAGGAACUUCAAGAUAACGCACAGUUCCAGAAUGGGGCUGCAGAUGAAGCUGUCACCGGGACAGGGGCAGAGAGCUACAUGUGUACCAUUUCAGAGAUGGAUGGGUUGGUUAGCUCAGCUGAUGGGGGUUUGGUGGAUUACAUCCAUGGCAGUGAAAGGCCCUACCGAUGUCGUCUGUGUCAGUACAGCAGCAGCAAUAAGGGCUACAUUAAACAGCACCUCCGGGUGCACAGGCAGAGGGUGCCAUAUCAGUGUCCCAUCUGUGAGCACAAAGCCUCAGACAGUAAAGACCUGGAAAACCACAUGAUCUACCACUGCAAGACCAGGAUGUACCAGUGCAAACAGUGUCCAGAAGCAUUUCACUACAAGAGUCAGUUAAGAAGUCAUGAAAGAGAGCAGCACAGCUUCUGCAAUGACAUAGCGUCGCUCACAGCAGGCACUGAAACCAUCACCACAGUGGAAGAGUCUGAACGGGGAGCAGAUGAAGAUUGUAGCCGGCAGAAAAUGUAUAAAUGUGACGUUUGCAACUAUACCAGCGCCACAUAUGUUGGGGUGAGGAACCACCGGCGAAUUCAUAACUCUGACAAGCCAUAUCGGUGCUGUGGCUGUGAUUUUGCCACCACCAAUAUGAACAGUUUGAAGAGCCACAUGAGGAGACAUCCUCAGGAGCAUCAGGCUGUGCAGCUGCUGGAGCAGUACAGGUGCUCCCUGUGCGGUUAUGUGUGCAGUCAUCCGCCGUCACUGAAAUCUCACAUGUGGAAGCACGCUGGAGACCAGAACUACAACUAUGAGCAAGUUAACAAAGCCAUUAAUGAGGCAAUCUCUCAAAGCAGCCGAGGACCUCAAAAAUUGUCAGCGGUGCCAGAGUCAGUGGCAGAGAGUCCAGUGUUGGUCCCACGUUCAAACGACAAAGUAAAAGUUCAAGUGGAACCUCUCUCAAUAUCCAGACCAGCAACAAAAGCCAGUGUAUCUCUUGACAGCAUAGCAGGCAUCCCCAUAUCUCCCACAGACUCAUCGCAGUGUCCCAGUGAAACCCAAAACCCCCAGGAGAAGGACUCCUCCCAGCUACAGUCCCAGAACCAGCUGCACACAGGCCAAUUUCCUUCUCCGGGUCCCGGCAUGGAGUAUUGUGUGCUCUUGUUUUGCUGCUGUAUCUGUGGCUUUGAGUCCACCAACAAAGAACGCUUGAUGGAGCACAUGAAGGAGCAUGAGGGAGACAUCAUCAGCAUCAUCCUUAACAAGGAGCAGCAGCAGCAGCCAGAAAACCACCAGAGCCUCCAGACAGCAGAGUGAGAAAUGACCUUCCCUCUCUACCASAUUCUCCUGCUUUCUGUUCUUUCAUAUUGUUCCUGACAAAUGCAUUUCAUUAUGUGGCUUUACCUCAAAGGGGUUAUGUAGGUGUAACUGUUCACCUCUACUUUGUCACAGUACCUAAGAGCCAAAUCUCAGAUGGUAUGAGGUCGAAAUAGCUGCUCUUCAACAUGAACAACAUGAGCAAGUGUCAGUAAAAAGUAUUAAAUCAUUUUCUGGUUGAAAGGAAUGUAUAUGGGCAUAACCAACGUAAUCCGUUAAUAUUCAUGUUAAAUCAUUUCUCUUUAUGAAGCUUUGAUCCAAGUCAGAACAUUGAUAAACUCAUGCCUCACAACCUCAGUAUCCCCUUUAUGAAGCUAAAAGAAUUUCCCUUUUUAGGGAGAUCACAAUUUAUAGCAUCUUAAUUAUAAGGCAGCUUUUUCAUAGGUAUUGAAACAUUUCAUGCAUUUGAUCUAAUACAGUUGAGGUUCUCAUCUAGUCAAAGGAGAUACUUGUGCGACUUCUGGAGGCUGAAGGCAUGCAUCACUGCUUGAAUCAGCUUAUAUUUAUCAGUUUAUCGUUUAUAAAUUGUGUUGGUUUCCAAUUUGUUAGUUUAAAUGGGCAUUUAGAUAUUUUUUCUCUUUGCUUUGUAGAAAUAGCUUGUAAUGUUACUUGAGUCUUUUAUAAAGUAGAUUUUUUAGAGGAGAAAAUACUAGCUUGUGAAGGAGGAGGGUAADUUGUUUAUUUUAGUUUGUUUAUUCAUUUCAUUUAAAACAAAAAAUAAAAUAAAAACAAAAAUAAAAUAAAAACACAACAACAAAAAAAAGUUGACUACAGCAGAGGAGAAAUGGCCUUUAAUGAUUGUAAUCCACCAGUGAUGGAGGUGUUGCUUAAAAUGCAUGUUGACAAAAGGAGCAAAAAAAGGGAAGUUAGCUUUUCUUGAGCUAUUAUAAUCUAAUGGUGCCAAGCUAUUUGAAAGUAGGAAAAUGUUUUAAUGAAAGAAAUACAAUAAUCAAUCAUGAUUGUGGUGCUAUGUUCAUUAAAAAGGGUGAAGGUUUGACACACCUUUUUUAUAUCCUAUGUUUAUGUUGUAUAUAGUUUUUAAUUAAUAAUAUGUGUUCUUAAAAGUACAGACUUUUUUGCUGACAGUGUCUGAAAUCAAAGGACAUGGAUGUGAAAAAAAUUACUUUAGACAUUUCAUUUAAUGGAAAUUAGUGGCUUCAUUUUGAUGUACUGGCUUGCCUUGCAGUGAGACACCCACAGACUGACUAGCAACAAAUGGUUAAAAAAUAAUCAUAAUAUUUCAAAUAAUGCAGACAGUGUGUGAGAAAACCUGAAAUUAUUUUGUUUUGUAUGUUGGUUUGUUUUUGUUAGAUACUUACACUCAGUGUUCAAUCAGGUUGUGUUAGUAAAAUUUACAAUGAGAUGCACACUGCAAAGGAGCUAAAUUACAUAUAUAAUUACUUUGUCUGGUUUGUACCUGUACCUUAGCCAUCAGGGGUUAUUGUCAUUAACAUCACCCUGUCAUAACUGGGCCAAGUUUGUUUUCAGCUUCUAUGAAUUCCUCAUUUUGUUCAUGCAUGGAACCGUAGACACCACAAUUUUCAGGAUCAAUCUUGGACAAGCAAAAUCAUGAAUACAUUUGGCUUUCCUAAGGGCUUCUAUUGAGCAGGUGUGUCCACUUCUAAUCUUUGAUGGUCACUAUUCUGCAUGUUUCUGAUUUGAAUGAAUGGGUGAUAAACGGGCUUCUGCAGAACUUGAAGAGGUUAUACAGUCACUGAAUCAGGUGUGUUGGAGCAAGGAGACAAGUACAACAUGGCUGUUCAAUGAGCAUCAGAAAAUCAUUUGAUCUGUUUACUAUAAUCAUUAGUCAGUAAAAAGCCUUGUGGAAUUCAUAUUAAAAGUAUAUUUUUUACAUGAACAAAAUAAAUAAUAAAUAAAUAAAUACAUAAAUAAAUAAAUGUUCUCUUCUACACAGCAAUAGACUGAAUUGCCAGGGGACAAACCAAACAGCUUUCCAUUGUUUUCCAAUGAAGCACCCUAAAUAGAAGUUAACUGAAUUGAAGCAACUGUAUUCUUGCUUUACAGAUGACGACUGAACUAUUGCAACACUAUUUCAAUUUGUCCUUAACAAUAUUCUCUCUCUUUAUUUUAAUGACCACAUGUCUCAAAACCCUGUCUUCACUUAAGACCCUCUGUUAAAAAAAACAACAUUUAAAGUGAAACACGUUCUGCAUAACCUUGUACCAUCGCUGCAGGUAUGAGUUAAUAAUUCACAACACACUUUAGUUACGCAUUACAAUAUUGAUUUAUAGUUGAACGUUCUUGCCGACCCUUGGCUGAGUUUGAUAAACACACACACACACACACACACACAUACAGUACAUACAUCCAUUAAACUGAGGAUUUUGUAUCAACUUCCACUCAUUUUUGUAACUGCGUUAAUGCUUGACCCAGACAUUUUCCCUGACCCUAACCAUUACUAGUCUAUUCCUAACCAAAACAUUAACCAAAACUUAAUUCACACCAUACCUCUAAACCUAGCUAGUACCACACAGUAGAACUGCAAAAAAAGUGAGGACAGAGAAAAAGUCCUCACUUCUCAAACAUGACCUCACUUUGUUGGUUAAAAACAUGACGGCCCUCACUCUGUGGCAGAAACAAGUACACACAAACACUCUUAACUCAUCUUUCCCAUGUCAAGGUUCUGACAGGCAACUUUUGGUAAAUCCUUCAUGUACAGGGAAUUCAAGGGACUCAGUUGAAUUUCUUUGAAGAACUUUUCCCCUUAUUUAAACCAAUCAUUUUUCAAUGGCUCAAACUCUCGUAAGUCCUUUAAACUAUUGUGUGUAGUUCUCCCCAGUUCUCUAAACAGCUAUCCAUUUAACCUCCACUCUGGGGCAUUCUUAGGAGAAAAUAAAAGGCACGUUUGAUGUUUCCUCGCAAUUUGUACAGCCUGCUGAGCAUGAGAUAACCUCUUUAGUUGAWUUAUGAGGAAAAAGUUGUGUUUUUAACAGGAAUUACAUAAGGUGAUUAACAAUAUAGGUUUUACCAUCUGAUAAUAUAGAAUAACAGAUUUAGUGAUUCUCUAACAUGUGCUGGAUUGACCCUACAUCUAAAGCAACUCAGUAAUUAGUAGUGAUGAAAGCCACCCUCCCUUUUAUUUUCAUUUGCACUUGGGCAAACAUCUUAAUAAAAGAUGCUCACACAUAUUGCCAAAAAGGCAUCAAAUGACUAACAACAUUUUCGGAGCAGAACAACUAUUAGGAUUUUCUAUUAGCAUAGUUUAUAUUCAAUUUUUAGUGUUGACUUAAAAACCUGCAUACUCAGUAAAAUGACCAUUUCAUUAUAUAUAUAUUUUUUCUUUUUUAUAACACAUUUUAUUAACUUGUAAAGCUCAUUCAAUAUGCUAAACAGUCAAUCCAAAGAGCUCUCUCAUUUACAGACCCCACAAUUCACCAUAYUGAACUGAUAUUUAAAAAAUGUCAAGUAGCAUAUUCUUUUAACUAUUUUUUAAAACAUAUAUUUGAACAACCCUAAACGGCCAUGUUAAAAAAAGAACACACUUAAAACUUGCGCAACUUAGUAUGAGGUAUUUCUGUUCUAUUCCUAUUCAUACACAUUGUACUUAAAUGUCAAAUUGCAGGAGAUUUGUAUACAGCUUUUUAAGAAGAAUAAUGUUCUUUAUACAGUAUGGCAUCAGAUUAUUUUAAGUGCUCAAUGACAGUUUCCCAUUUCAAUUAUCACGUUAUGUUUAUUUAUAUUUCUGCCCCUGUAUCUUACAUCAGAGCUUACAGAGGAAGAAAUGAAAAUAUUGGUUGGUUACCUAGAGCGGAUGAAUUUUUGACUUUUGAUUUUAAAAACUGUAAAUGGCUCAUAGGAUUACAAUAAUGUGUGAAACUGGGCCAUUUAACAAGGUUAAGUGACCCCACCCAUUUCAGUUUAGCAAAAACUUGCUAUUAUUCAAUCCUCAAAACUUGAAAAACAAAACAAAAAAGAAGAAAACAUUUUGGAUGUAAUUUUACUGCUUUAUUGCCAUCAAUGACAGAAGCUAGUAACAGAUGGCAGAAAAAACCAUAUAACACAGUUAAAUUAAUAAGUAAUCUGCUCAGAUAAAUUUGAGCAAUGUUAGUAUUUAAACUACUUUAGAUAAUUUAUUUUAAAUUUAUUUUCGCCUUUGUUGAAUCAUUUGUGUGGCAUAUUAACAGAGUAGGACUUAGGUAAAGGAGUUAGCUAAAGUUUUAUACUUAGUGUGCAUAAAAGUAAACAAUAAACAAUAUUGUUGGUACUGCAGUCAGAUCACUCCCACUACCAGUUGGACAAGUGUUUUUAUUUGGAGGGGAAAGAGGCAUUGAAAAGAACCAUCACAAUUUACAGCCUCAGUCUGUUCACCAGACCUGCUGGAUAACUUGUUUUUUUACAUCAAGGAAUUCAUUUAUAUUUUGAUUUAAUAUUUUUGGUAUAUUUGGCUACAAGAUUUUGUCACUUUCUGGUCCCACUUUAUUGAAACUGAAAUUAGGAACCCAAAUGCAAAAAUGUUAAAACUAAAGUGAGAAUGUGUUCUUGGUAUAUUGUACACAAGACUUACUGAAUUCAUGUCUCUUCAACUGCCCUGAGAACAAUCGAGGCUCAGCAAUUAAUUCAUUUCAGAGGAUAUUUCACAAUGAAGGAAGCACUUUAGUGGUAACCAGAGCUGAAAGAAUACAAGUAGUAUCUCUUGUAACCAGUUUCAUUUCCUCUAGUAGGUUUUUAUUAACACAACCACAGAG